CUGGGGACGGGCUCGUGACGCUCUCAGGAUGUUCUGAAUUGUGCUUUACUUCGUGAGAGAAAAUGGACAGUCAGGAAAGCUCUCUGCAUGCAGGACGAAGUAAUUUUCCAUAUAUAAUUCUAAAUUUUAUAUAAAGGUGAAAAUUUAAGUCACAUCAUCUUCUCAAAAUAUUUUUAGAUGAGUAGAACAUGACGGAAACGGAAUCUAUAGACUACGGGUUGUAACCGUAUUGGUUGCCAGAGGCAAGAUACAAAUACAGAGAAGAAAAGACUUGUAGUUAUACGAACUAUUCUCGGCGCAAUGAAAAAGAAAAAAAUAAACAUGUGACCGGCAUUAGAUUUAGUUAUUGGUGAAAGUAGAAAUACCUUUAUUUAUAUCAGUGUCUGACAGAGAAUUCUCCCUGAAAUGUCAAGCGAACCUUCCAGAUGUACGACAACUUUCCGAAAUGAGCAACGACAGAGAAUCGACAAAUAGAAUUAACUACGUUCUGGGACCAGAAGGCCAGACGGUUGUCGUAGUUCCUCCAGAAACAAUUACAGACGAGAACGAAGAGGAUUCAUCCACAUGCAUCGCUUGGCUGAUUGUCCUGGCUUGUUUCGCGAUUACUUUCUAUAUUACUGGACUCAUUUUCGCAAUCGUAGAUAGUUCAGUGGGUUACAAUAUAUUUGUGGAUGUCCACAGAGCCACCAUUACGGCGACUCAUAUAUUCAUUGGAACUGCAGGUUUUUUGACGAUAGUCUGCCUACUUGGCUGGAAAUAUGUUGAAAUGCGAAAAGAAGAGAGUAUCAGGCGUCUCAUGUACACUUACGACACAGAGACGGAACUGAGGAGAAAUCAGAAGAUGCUACGUAGGACUCAUCUUGCAUCUGGCGUUCUGCCGGGAGACACUCUCUAUCUACGGUGAUGUGGCGUUCCUUCACGGAGACGAAGCUAUUCUCCGUGUGCAGGGUUGUACCGUAUGCGUUACUUAAAGAUCUCUGCAGCGUCCCUUCGGCCACUACUAGCUGCAACGCCUUUCAUUCGUUUUACUGUACUUAUGCUCACAUUCUCUUUCUUCCAGUUUCCUCAACCCUCUCCUAAUCAUGGUUUCAAAGUGCAACUACAAGGUUUUCCUCCUGUUACAGUUUUCAAACCUUUUUACUCUCAGUCUUCCUUUCAGCAUUGAUUGACUUCAUAAUCGAUCCCAGAACUUGGCCUUUUUGCUUGAAUUUUAUGUCCCAUCCUUCCAUCCUCAGUGUGUAUCGAUACCUGUGUAAUUAUAGCCUCCUCAAGUACGAGUACCAAUAUUGACACUUUAAUCAUCACCUCCUAGAUGAAAAGUUGUAAAUUCACUGGUACUCAACUUUUAAAACCACUUUUGGAGUAUUUGGUCAAUGAUGAUGUAUAUUACCACGAUAGUGAAAAGAUAGUUUAGGAAGAGAUUUUAUGACGCAAAUGACCAUGAUUUACUUGUCUUCAGCUUCCUGGAAAGUUGACGAUAGUAAGUAGGGGACUUACGGGUUUUAGAUUGAUCUGCAAUCUGUCAUUAAAACGUAUUUAUUUAACUGAGCAUUUCCCCGUCUGUAAAUCUUUUAUGUUAUUACAGAAGAUAAUUUUUUUUAUUAACGAUAUUGAAUUAUGUAUACAGCCUAUUGAUGAAUGCCUUAAUCAAUAGAAUUUAAUGUCCACAAAAAAUCAUACUACCUGAGAUACCACCUCGUUCGUUCAUAACACAAUAACCAUCAUUAACUUGCACCUUUGCCAUAGUAUAAGAAGCAGCUCACGACAUCAAAAUACCUAUGAAAGUUUGAAUACACUCAUUUAAAACUGAAUAUUUUCAUAUUUAGAUUUAUAUCGCCUACAGUUCGAGGCUUAAUCCUCUUUUCCCGGUCUCCUUCAGAAUAAAUGAUGAUUGGAAAUUAUAAUAUAACCUUUCCGUAACUGUAAGAAAUAUUCCAAUGGCAGCAUAUCUGUUUAAUGGAAAUUUAUUUAUAUAUCAAUAUGUAUCUUUCUCCCUGUCAUAAGACUGGAAUUUCUCCUUGGAUUAUUUUUUCUUUGCUAUGAAUGCCAGCAACCCAUUCAUACAUGAUGCAACUUAUUAAUAGAUGAAAAUACAAUCAUGAUUAGUCAUCAAGAAAAUAAUGUUACCUAGCACUAUGUUCUUUCAUCAAAUGGGGUUCCUUGUUCCAAGGUACCAUAUUUGUAAGUAUAAUAAGGCUACUCUUCCAGGUCUCAUAUUGCGGCUGGUGAAUUUCAUAUCUAAUAUGAGUGAUCUCUGAGUAUCUUUGUUCUACUAGUUAA